GCAGGCAGCUAUAGCAGACAAGAGUUCAAGCUCCAGCCUUGCUUUUCACAUGACACAUCAAUCCCAUAGGGAAAAUAAUGUUAUAUAACACCUUCCUUUGCCCUAGUCUCCUCCACUCCUCACUCCUGUAGGAGAGACACCACCAGGACUUAGAAGGCUUUUUGAAACAGCAUCAUGAUUUUUCAAGGAAUAUUUGAACGUAUGGAUUUUACUGGAUGGCUCAUAUUUGGCUUUGCAUUGUUACUUUUGAUCGACGUGAUAAGAAACUGGAGGCCACACAACUUCCCACCAGGACCGUGGGCCAUGCCUUUUCUGGGAAAUGUUUUCACCGGGGUUGACUUCAAAACCAUGGAGAAGCUUGCUCAGCAGUAUGGCCCCGUGUUCAGCCUGAGGAAAGGCAGUGAGAGGAUGGUGUUCAUUUCAGGAUUCAAGAUGAUCCGAGAGGCUCUUGUCAGCCAGCUGGACAGCUUUACUGAUCGACCUGUCGUUCCUCUCUUCGAUGUUGUCUUCAAGGGCCUUGGGUUAGCACUGAGCAAUGGCUACCUGUGGAAGAAUCAGAGGAAGUUUGCCAGCGCUCACCUGCGUUACUUUGGAGAGGGUCGGAGGUCGCUGGAAAGAUAUAUUGAAGUGGAAAGCAACUUUCUUUGUGAAGCGUUCAAAGAGGAACAAGGAAGACCAUUCAACCCCCACUACACCAUAUCCACUGCAGUGGGUAACAUCAUUGCGUCUGUGGUCUUUGGACGUCGCUUUGAAUACAGUGACCAAACUUUUCGUAAAGUUUUGGAGUUGGACAAUGACGCCAUUGUGCUUGCCGGCUCAGCUCAGACUCAGCUGUAUGAUGUGUUUCCUGGCCUGCUGAAGUACCUGCCAGGUCCUCACCAGACUUUCCACGCCAACUAUGCAGAGAUCAUGAAGUUCCUGAGAAGUGAAAUAGAGAAGCACCAGGAGGAGUGGAACUCUGAAGACCCUCGCGAUUAUAUUGAUGUGUAUCUGACAGAGAUCAAGAAGAAAAAAGACGAUCCUCAGGCUGGAUUCAACGUUGAAACACUGCUGGUUAGCACUCUUGACCUGAUCGAGGCAGGGACAGAAUCGUCUGCCAACACUCUACGCUGGGCGAUCCUGUACAUGAUGCACUACCCAGAAAUACAGAAGAAAGUCCAGGAAGAGAUAGACAGAGUGAUCGGUCAGUCUCGUCAGCCCAACAUGGCCGAUAGACCACACCUGCCUUACUCUGAUGCUGUCAUACAUGAGACACAAAGGUUCGGAAACAUCGUUCCAAUGGGAUUCCCUAAAAUGGCCAGCAAAGACGCUACACUGGGAGGAUACAAUAUACCCAAGGGCACAGGUGUAUCUACAAUACUAGCAUCUGCAUUGUUUGACAAGAAUGAGUGGGAGACUCCAAACACCUUCAAUCCCAAGCAUUUCUUGAAUUCAGAGGGUCAGUUCCGCAAGAGAGAUGCCUUCUUGCCGUUCUCAGCAGGUAAACGUGGGUGUUUGGGGGAGAACCUGGCCAGAAUGGAGCUUUUCCUUUUCUUUACAUCUCUCCUCCAGCGCUUCAGCUUCUUUCCUAUUCCUGGGGAAAUGCCCAGUCUGGAGGGUGUGAUGGGCUUUACUCAUUCCCCAGAAGAGUUCAGGGUGCUCGCCAUAGCACGUUAAUGUUAUCCAUCUGCUUUCUUCACUCACUCAUGCACUCACAUCUUAUACCGCUUUACCUCCACAUGAGGGUUGCAGGGGGCGCUGGUGCCCAGCUGACAGGGCGAAGGGUGGGAUACACCCUGGACAGGUCAUCAGUCCAUCACAGAGCCACAUAGAGACAAACAACCAUCCACACUCACACCUACAGUCAAUUAAUCCGGGCUUGGGGACAGCACUAGAAUUACACUGGAUGUGUCCCCCAUGUCUUUCAUUCCAACUGUUGUUCAUAAUGUUAUUAAUGCUUAACUCUAUGUACACAGUAUCAUCACAAGCAGCAUUUGCUCUG